CAAAAAACCUCCGAGGGCCCUUGUUCUGCCUUGGAUGGCCUUGGUAGUCCCAUGCCAUGCCCCAACUAGUUUUUUUCCGCCUCCAACUCAUAUUUCCGACCUAGUCGCUAACCUCGUUGUGCUGCUAUCAUAUCAUUCAUAUGCGCCGGCUGCAUCGCAUCUGUCCGUAAUUCCCAUUCAUCUUUUCGAUAAUGAUUAGUCAAUUUUCAAUACUCCCUCGCCUCCCCAAAAAUGCUUACUUGUUGUCCAUAGCAAACCAAACACCCUCUGCCACUUCCAGCAAAUCUUCUCGUGAGAUGACAAAGUCCACUUCCCCUUGGCCAGGUCUGCGGAGCAUUAUAUUCUCAAAAGGUCUUGUUGAUGUUCUCGAACGCAUCCAAAACACUUCCUCAUUGACGUCACUGUCACUACGACAAAACUGUACAAGUACAAUUAUGAUAGUCAAAGCUUAUUAGCUAUCAUAAAUGUGGACAGCUCCUGGAAUUCCCUCAUCCUGCAGAAAGAGGUAUUCGAGGUUGACAGGAGGACCCAUCCACUUCGGGAAGUUUGAUGCCUCUGGGCGCUUCACUUGCCGACCAUAUGAUAUAUGAUAAUUCAAGGACGAAAAUAAACCGACUGUGAAAGAUGGAUUAAAGAUGAGAAUUUCUUAUACUCGGUAGCCCGCAGACGCCUGCAGAAUACAGUAACUACAUACCAAGCCAAUGAACUAUGUCCUAUCGUUGUUACUCAUUAUUAAACACGCUGCGGCUAAAGCGCCUCGGAAUUAAUUUCAAUAGGAGAACCGCGUGCUCCAGGAAGGAAAAUGUCAAGUUCUCAUUGGGUCAUUUGCACACAUUCAGGCACCAAAUACUCCAUCCGUACUCUGCAACAGCGAGUGUGGCAAGACGAAUCACUCCACUCUAUCUCCGAACCAAAUACGGAGUAUAGACGUCGCCAAGGCCAGGCUUCUCGGGCCGACCAUGACUCCGCCGCGCCGACAUUUUGCUGGCUAUAUUGUGACAUAAUCUCAACGUGGGGCAGCGCGACCUAGAGGCUCUACCAAGGCAUGGACCAGCAUCUCUUGUAACGGAGGGGUCUACUCCGGACGUCAGGGACCCCCGGGAGGAGUGGCCUGCGGUAAUUUAUGUUCAAUGGUUGCUGUCGCAUUUAGAUGAGAAACAUCUGUCAUUCAUUUUCUGCCUUGUGGGUUGACUGAAUGUGCCCUUGGAGGAUCGUGUGCCUCAUAUUUAUGGACGCUGCUGUCUUCCUAUAUACCUCAGCACAUAUCCCCCUUUCGAAGAAGAGUAGUCUCUAGUCUGUCCUGGAAGAUGGAAGAGCAGGUCAGCAGACUCGUGGACAAGGCCUGGGCCAAAUUCCUCUCCACCUCGCCUUCCGCGCGCCUCAUGAUUGCCAUCAGUGGAAUCCCCGGCUCCGGCAAAACCUCCCUAGCAACCGCAAUGACCAAACGGAUAAACCAGCGGUACUCCACAACCUACCCCGACGCAGCCGCGCCCAUUGCAACCUCGGUUUCAAUGGACGGCUACCAUCUCUCCCGCGCCCAGCUCGCCGCAAUGCCAGAACCGGCCUACGCGAUCGCGAGACGGGGCGCAGCGUUUACCUUCGACCCCGACAAAUUCCUGCAACUGGUACGUGCGCUGCGGGAACCAUUGGCCCCAGGCUCGCGCACGUUCUACGCGCCGAGUUUCGACCAUGCCAUCAAAGAUCCCGUGGAAAACGACGUGCCCAUCCCCGCGACGUCGCGGGUGAUAUUUUUCGAGGGCAAUUAUCUAAGUCUGGGGAAGGAGCCGUGGGAGGAGGCGGCGCGAUUGAUGGAUGAGUUGUGGUUUGUUGAGGUAGAUUUUGAGACGGCGCGGAAGAGGUUGGUUGCGCGGCACGUGAAGGCUGGGAUUGCGAAAGAUGAGGCGGAGGCGGAUCGGAGGGCGGUCGAGAAUGAUUUGGUUAAUGGGAGGGAAAUUGUGGAUUUCCGUAUGGAUGUGCAGGAGGUUAUUGUUAGUCGGGAGGAUGAGGAGUGGAAGACUUAAGGUUUUGAUUGGAAAUGGGGAGAAGGGGGAGGGGAGGGGGAAGGGGGACAACUGGUUUUUAUUAAUGGCUUGAUUUUGGUCAUUUUCUGUCCAGCUUGUGUUUGAUUCCUGCAAUCGGAAGUAUUUCAUGGUUAUUAUUGUUCUGUUUUUGGUUAUUGAAGACUGAAGCGGGUGAUAUUAUCUGAUAUCCGAUAUGGACGAGAAGUAUUGCGUGGGCCUAAAAGGGGGGAAGUGUCACCGCAUGAUACUGGAUCUUCGUUAGGGGUAAGUAGGGUCAGUACCCCACAGUAGGAACACUGGAUUUGUCCGUUCCACACUCUUUAAUAAUAAUACUAAUACUCCGUGAUCUGUGUUCUAUA